CAGUGCAACAUCGUAGUUGCUGCAAAGAGGAUAUAGAAUAGUUUGUCCGACCUCUUUAUUCGUCAGGGGUUGAUCCUGACAUCUCAAUAAACUUUGGUAGUUAAGAGCACGCAGUUCUAAACUCGAAUUCAUUUUCAACAUUGAUGCGGAAUGGGUGACUUCAAUGAAACGUUUUUGUAUCACUACACCAACGUAGAUGCAUACUCCAAAAUUUUGCGUGAGAAAACUCUAUUGAAAUCUUCAAAAGAUCGCAAUGGGACAAAUCAACGCUACGGACCUGGCGUCUACCUAACUUCACUUAAACCUGAGACUGGGUGUGAUAAAAUAAAAAUAGAUAAUCGGGAUGGGGCUGCUCUCAAGCCAAAAUAUGCCGACAAGACAGAAGAAUACUAUUUCAAGUUCAACAAGAGAAACCUUCCUGGCGUGGAACGUGUCGAAAUGAAAGGAGGUCGAGAUGUUUGGCGUUUUCCUAAUGACAUCAACCUAAGCACGAUUUCAUUUUACUAUGGAUAUACUGAUGAGCCUGAGUCUGAGACAUAUCAACGAAAUAACUCGUCACCCAAUGUUCAUGCCAUUGCUAAAACGGGUUUGUAUGAUUACGAAGAACAUAGUAACCAGGCAGAAAAAUCUUUUGGGCGCUCGCGUGGAAAUGACGUGUAUGGAUCUUCUCAACAACAGCAGGAACCGGAAACCUCUGGAUUGGGACUUGUAGCUGGAACAGCCGCCGUUUUAGCUGUUGGAGCAGUUGCCUUUGGUCUUUUUGCUGCAUCCCGUCAAGCAAAUCGAAAUAACCAAUAGUAAUAACAUUACAAUACGAAAGACGUUUUCUUAUUUCUUCGAUGUUAUUCUUCAAACAGUUCUACAUAGACUAUAAGUUUUCUAUACAAAUUGGUUAUCUAAAAAGUAUUACAUUUUUCGGCAAACGCCAGUCUGAAGUAAUUACAGUUAUGGGGUCCAUAAGCCUGGCUAGCUCAGUCGGUAGAGCAUGAGACUCUUAAUCUCAGGGUCGUGGGUUCGAGCCCCACGUUGGGCGAAGUUUUGGAGCACUUAUAUCACUAAUACAUUUAUUGCGGUUUGUGAUAAUGAAUGUAUUAAAGUUUCAUUAGAAAACUCGGUUUUUCAUUUAAAACAACUUAAUCUAUAUGCUGUCAUGAAAAUUUGAUUUGUAAAAAGAAUAUUUAAUAUAGAUUCAUCCAGAUGAA